AUGUUCGCCCGGUCGUGCUUCCGCCGCACCGCGCCUGCGCAACGCCGUGACGGCACCGCCGCGCGCCGGGGGCGGGGCCAAGGGCGGGGCGGACCCACGUGCGGGGACACCGGUACCGACACGAACACUGAUACCGGUACCGGCACCGACACUGGCACCGACACCGACACUGACACUGAAACCGGUACCGACACUGACACCGGCACUGACACUGAAACCAGUACCGACACUGACACUGAAACCGGUACCGGCACUGACACUGAAAACGGUACCGGCGCCGACACUGAAACCGACACUGACACCAGCACCGAAACUGAAACCGGCACCGACACUGACACUGAAACCGGUACCAGCACCGACAAUGACACCGGCACUGACGCUGAAACCAGUACCGACAUUGACAAUGAUACCGACACCGAUACUUACACGGACACUGACACGGACAUCGACACUGGCACCAGCACUGUCCCUAACACCGGUACCAACACUGACACACCGGUAUUGACACCGGCACUGGCGCCAGCACUGGCACCAGCACUGACCCUGACACUGGUACCGACACUGACACACCGGUAUUGA